AUGAUCACCAUGAUCGGCGUCGGCGUCCAAUACAAAGGCGGCACCAGCAUCUACGCCACCCAGCAUACAAACAUCUACCACGGCUUCACCGCUGUGACCAACAUUGUCUUCGCCUACUGUGCCCACGUCGCCUUCUUCGGUCUGAUCGCCGAGAUGGAGGAACCCAAGGACUUCACCAAGGCUCUCUGCCUGCUGCAAGGCUUCGAGAUCGUCCUCUACGUCACUGCCGCCACCGUCAUCUACUACUACGUCGGCACCGGCGUGGCCUCGCCCGCUCUUGGAUCCGCCGGUCCCGUGCUCAAGAAGGUCGCCUACGGUGUGGCCAUUCCCACCAUCAUCGGUGCCGGUGUCGUCAACGGCCACGUCGGUCUCAAGUACAUCUACGUCCGCAUCUUCCGGAAAUCCGGCCGCAUGGCGAAGCGCGACUUCGUCUCCGUUGGUUCCUGGGUUGCUAUUGGUGUGACCUGCUGGAUUAUCGCUUGGAUUAUCGGCGAGGGUAUUCCCAGCUUCACCAAUAUUGUCAGCUUGAUUAGUUCCUUGUUCGCCAGUUGGUUCACCUACGGUCUGAGUGGCGUGUACUGGCUGCACAUGAACUGGGGUUACUGGUUCUCGUCUCCUCGCAAGAUUGCCCUCACCAUCCUCAAUUUCCUCAUUGUUGGUAUUGGUGGUACUAUUUGCGGUCUAGGAUUGUACGCCUCCGGCAAGGCGAUCCACGACGACAGCUCCCGGGCCAGCUUCACCUGCGCCAACAACGCGGACUAA